UGUAUGCACCAGUAUAACCUUCAGUGAACAGCUCCUACAACUACCACCUCACACUCAUACAUGCUGCUUGACACUGAAAAGCCUCAUCAAAAAGAUCCCACUUCCAGCGUGGUGUAUAGUCAUGGCGUUCCUCAAGCUCGUCGCACGGCGCCAUCCAUGGCGGACACUGUCUUUCUUACGAACACAGUCAGCAAGAUCAUACGCUGUACCCUCGAUAUCGAAACAAGUGAAAAUCUCACGACCAUUGCCGAAAGGCAUAUGGGACAGCCACAUGCACGUCGUCGAGCCUGAAAAGUUCCCACUACACCCAAGCGCCAAAUACAAACCGCACGCGCACACGCUCGCGGACGCCAGGACAUUUUACGCACAGUUCGGCAUCGACAACAUGGUCCUCGUCCAACCGUCCAUUUAUGCCAACGACAACAGCUGUAUGCUCGCAGCGCUACGUGAACUGACACCCAAGCACGGUCGAGCAGUCGUCGGCCUGGAUCCGCAUAAGAUGGACCCCGACACUACGCAGAAGUGGCACGCCCUCGGUGUCCGCGGAGCUCGCGUCAAUCUGGUAUCAGUUGAACGAGAAGUCAGCGAAUCCGAGCUGCGAAGCGAGUUACAAGCAUAUGCCCGCGUGCUGAAGCCUCUCGACUGGGUACUCCAGCUAUAUAUUCCUCUUCAUCUGGCCGUCCCCUUGGAGAAAAUCGUGCCAGAUCUCGGCGUGAAAGUGUGCAUCGACCACUUUGGCUGGCCGUCUCUUCCAGAGCCAUACGACCCCUCACAAGCGCUUGACCCGUAUGGAUUGAACGGAUUCGAGUCACUAGUCACGCUUCUGCAGAGGAACACCUGGGUCAAGCUUUCCGCGCCGUAUCGAUUGUCUAAGGAUCCUGACAUGCGGGACCUGGAUCCGAUCGGACGGGAACUCAUCAAGGAAGCUAGAGACCGAGUCGUGUAUGCGACGGAUUGGCCGCAUACCAGAUACGAUGAUAUCGACUCGGUGCCAUUCAUAGAACGGUGUUUCGAGUGGUGCGGUGCCGAUACUGGGUUGAUCGAGAAGCUUUUCAGAGAUAAUGCUGAGGAGCUGUGGGACGCUCCGGCGAGCAGGUAACGACCUAAUCACUUCGAAUUGCAAGCCAAUUACAGUAGAGGAAACAUCUUCGGUACUAGGCUCCCACGAGUGGGAGAAGACUCUCACGCGGCACGU